AUGGCUCGGACACUGGGAACACUGGGGCUGUUGGGCCUGUGCUGGUCUCUGGCCAUUGCCCACCCUGUUACUUCGACUAGUGCCUCUGAGAGUGGAGCUGAAGGUGGGAAUAGGAACCAGCUGGUCCCAGACAUGCGUGAACUCUGCUCAGAUGGCUGGAGCUUUGAUGCUACUACUCUGAGUGAAAAUGGGACCAUGCUGUUUUUUAAAGGGGAGUACAUGUGGACUGCUCAUCACUGGUCCCGGGAGUUGAUUUCAGAGAAGUGGAAGACCAACUCCGUGGAUGCCGCCUUUCGCCUUGGUCAGGACACUGUCUACGUGAUCAAGGGGGACAAGGUCUGGGUGUACCCUCCUAAGGACAAAGAGGAGGAAAACCCAAAGUUGUUGCAAGAUGAGUUUCCUGGAAUCCCAUUCCCAGUGGACGCAGCUGUGGAAUGUCACCGUGGAGAAUGCAACAGUGAGGGCAUCCUCUUCUUCCAAGGUAACCACACAUGGUUCUGGGACUUGGCUACAAAAACCAAAAAGAAACGUGACUGGCCGGCUGUUGGGAACUGCUCCUCUGCCAUUCGAUGGAUUGGCCGUUACUUCUGCUUCCGGGGUAACCAAUUCCUGCGCUUCAACCCUGUCACGGGAGAGGUGCUUCCUAAGUACCCUCUGGAUGUCCGAGACUACUUCAUGCCCUGCCCUGGCAGAGGCCACGGGAACAGAACCCACCAUGGAAAUGGUACCAACCAUAACUAUAAGGGAGUACGCUGUCGCCCAGAUGUAGUCUUGUCUGCACUGCUGUCUGACAACCAUGGUGCCACCUACGCCUUCAGUGGGUCCCACUACUGGCGUUUGGACGGCAGCAAGGAUGGGUGGCAUAGCUGGCCCAUUGUCCAUCAGUGGCCCAACGGUCCUUCAACAGUGGAUGCUGCCUUUUCCUGGGAUGAUAAACUCUAUCUAGUCCAGGGCAAUCAGAUCUAUAUCUUCCUGACAAAGGGAGGCUAUACCCUAGCAGAUGGAUAUCCAAAACGGCUGGAGAAGGCAUUAGGGAGCCCUCCUGGGACCAGCCUUGAGGCUGUGGACGCAGCCUUUAUCUGUCCUGGGUCUUCUCGACUCCACAUCAUGGCAGGACGACAGCUGUGGUGGCUGGACAUGAAGUUAGGAGCUCAAGCGACAUGGACAGAGCUUCCUUGGCCGCAUGAGAAGGUCGACGGGGCCCUGUGCAUGGAAAAGUCUCUUGGCCCCCAUUCCUGUUCUGCCAACGGCUCCGGCUUGUACCUCGUCAGUGGCCCCAACUUGUACUGCUACAGCAACGUGGAGGAACUGAGUGCCACCAAAGCCCUUCCCGUGCCCCAGAGAAUGAACAGCCUCCUGGGCUGCAGUCACUGA